UCCUCCAGUCAAAACGGAGCCAUAUGAGGUGAAUCUGGCUCGCUCGCGGUCACAUUGUGGUGGUCAGCUAACGGAGGCGUAUUAUCUUACGAUGAUAUCAGCUAGCUUGCUGGCUAGUAAGCUAAGUUAGUUUUGUACCACCGCCUUAAUUAGAUAUUAAUUAUUGUUAGAUAUAGCUGGCUAGCUGGCUCCCUAGUCCGGCCGAUGUUGCUUGCGGAUGAGGGGAUAAAUUUAUUGUCACCCAUCAUGUCGAAGCCGUUCCGUUAUUUUUAGCUAGCACUGCAGGCUAGCGCGGCUAAUAGCGGCAAGCGAAGCGUGACUAAUCUGUUUGAAAAACAAUACAAAUGGAGCAGUGGCAGGACGCGGCCUCUCAGCAGUUCAAGCUGCUUACAACUCGUCUGAAUGAACUGUUGUCCAAAGGUUUGGGGCUGCUACGCUCCGAGCUCGGCGUGGAUUUGGGACUGAAGCCUGAGCUUAUUCCACCAUGGGUGAUCCUCUUAGCGGCAUGCACCGGGCUGGUGCUGAUGGUCGCUCUGUGGGCCUCAACCUGCCGGGCUCUCUUCAAGAAACGACCCGCUGAAAGCGUCGUGGACGACGGCAUUGAAGUAAAGCGGGGUGUCGGUAAACCUGUCAAAUCCGAAGAACCGAAGAAAAAGAAGAAGAAGACGACGGAAAAGAAAGCCCAGUCCAAUGGGAGAGCUGCUGCUGAACCACAGGAAGACGCCAUAGCGUCGGAGGAGAUAGUGCCACAUCACCAGUCGCCAACACCAGAAGUCAAGGCUACGGAGUUAAAGAAGUCCAAGAAGAAGGCCAAACAGGCUGUUAAGGAGACAAAGACUGCAGCUGGCAAAGAACCAGAAGAAGGCACAUGGGAGACCAAGGUCAGCAACAAGGAGAAGCGUGAGCAACGCAAGAAGGAUAAGGGUUCCAGCGAUGGCUCAGCCAGUCCUGGAGGAGAGGACACGCGUGCGAGCGCUCCCCCAGAGCCCAAGGCCUCCGCAGCCCCCACGUCUGGGAGCCAGAAGAAGAAAAAAGGAGAAUCCGCAAAAGUGAAGUCGGAGAAGAUUGAGGCUGUUGUACCUCAAGUUAACAGCAGUGAGGCGGUAGCGGUGGCUGCUGCUGUGAGUGACGCGGUUGUAAAGGUUCCUGCUCCGAAGACGGGCCCCUGGACAACCAGCAGAGAGCCAGCAUCGCUGUGGGGAGCCGAGAUUGAUGACUCAUGGACUGUGAUUGACAGGGGGAUGGCCCCAACGGAGCGAAACCUGGUGUCUUUAGCUGGACUGGCUGUUGGUACUGCUGAGCCUCAGCCUGUGAGCAACCUGUCCUGGCUCAGUCAGCCCCGAGUGGACGACGAGUGGUCUGGACCCAGUGGAGGGUCAGUGGACCCGAGCUCUGACUGGAACGCCCCCUCUGAAGCCUGGGGCAACUAUGAAGAGCCCACUCCUGAGCCCCCUCCUGCACUGGAGCAGCCCUCUCCUGAGCCCGCCAAGGUUGAUCUGAUGAUUGGAGCGGCUGACGAUGAUGAAGAUGAGAAGGACAAGGGAGAGACUGCUGCUGAUGGAGCGGCUAAAACUAAAAAGAAGAAGAAGAAGAAGAAGAAGGCUGCCGAGGAGGAAGAAACAGCUGGCCAGGGGGAGGAGCCAGAGAAGGAGGCCGCAGCCUCGGUGAAGAAGCAGCCAGCCGCUCAGGUCAAUGCUGCUGCUGUCCAGCCUGUCAAAGCAGCUGCUGUCGAGGUGCGAGUGGAGCAACCAGUGAAAGACAACGUAUCCCAGAAACCCCCUGUCACACAAGUGCCACAGAAGCCAACUGAUGGAGAGCCCACUGCCAAGCAGAACAACCUUUCUGCUCCAACACAACAAAAGAAACCUGAGGAGAGCCAAGCGCCCAAACCAGCGAAGAAGAAGAAGGCGAGGAGAGAGACAUGAGACGGAGUCCCCUCUGCAGACCUCUGUAUGCAAAAGACUUCAUAUCCCGUUUAUGCAACACCUUUUGUGACAAGAACUUUGAACUAAGGUCUUCAUGAUGGACUUGAAACUUGAAAUGAAACAACUUUUAUACACGUCGAGUGUCAGCCGGUGGAUCGUUGAAAACUGAACCUAGAUGCGGUGCAAUCUAACGUAACGCGGUGUUAAUGAUUUUUAAGUAUGCAUUUGAUACUCUUGAUUCUGUCUUCUAAUUCCACUGAAAUCAAAUAAGUGAAAGAGCUGUAUUGUACUAAUUAGAUGUAGAAAAUACUGAUCUUGUUUAGAAGUCUUGAUGUUGUGGUGGCUAACGACUGGAGUUUCCCGUGUAGUGAAUGAAAACUGUCGACACGCUUCAGGUCACUGGGCCAUGAUGUCGAGUUGGCCUUUGCUUUUGCAGUCUUUUAUUUUGCUCGUACAUUUCAGUCAGCCGCGACGGUACCGUGAGCGCUGUUGGUCGAAAAGAGCCGAGCGAUCAAAUGUUCGUGUCAACGCGGCGUGAACAUUUUCGACGUAUAUACGAGACAGACGAGGGAAUCGUGUGCUCUGCAUUUUUUAUCUGUGACUACAACAUUUCAAUGGACUACGUCCAUCUGGUUUGUCCCGUGUCCGAUGUUGUGCUGCAGUGUUUCCUCGCCGUGUUUACUAUCUGUGACUGCUUUGUGGGCAGAGCCAUGUGGGAGCUUCCGAUCGUAGACAUACCGUUGCAGUGUCAUCAGCCUCUUUAUCAUUUUCCACCUCUGGUUGAUUCAAAAGUCUUCGGAACCUUUUGUAAAACCAGUUUGUAAUAAAAGAAAAACUAAAGCCAUAUGUAAAAAGACUAAAUAAAGGCCAGUUUUUCUAUGUUUAGGCUACUUUGUAUUGCAGUUUAUUUUGGGCCAGCAACCCGCUGUUGUGUGACAUUAAAUGAAACCGGAUGACGGCGGAUGAGACAUCAUUGACUUUAAUUUAGAUCAGAGCAGACAGCUUUUCAUUAGCUGUCAGGUUGAAGCCUUGAGCCUCGAGGUGAAUGCUGAGUGCGUUUCUCUUUCAUCUUUCUGGCACACAUUCAGCUUUGUCUUUCAAUGUUUAUAUUCAGAACUGGCAGCAAACAAUGAUUCACUUUAUUAAAUUACUGAUUAUUUUUUUUCUACUAUUGAAUUAAUUGCCUUGGUAAAAAGCAAAAGGUAUUUCAUACUUUCAUAUUUCAAAAAUAUAAUAAAAUUCAAAGUGCCUUACAGACAUUUUAGCUUAAAGUCUAAAUGAUUAAAUAAAAGACAGCGGGAGCAUGUUUACAAAUGUAGACACAAUCCUGAUAUAAACAAAAUGAAAGACAUAAAAACUAAAUGAAAGCAAUAAAUAAUAGUUGGCAGCGGGAGUUAACAGGAUGUUAGUGUUGACCCUGUGGUCAUUUGUUACACAAGUUUGUUUGUCUUUGCACUUUCAUAUCAGGCCUAUAAUACUUUGAUAUUCCAACUGAAACAUUACGGGUAAAGGUGGUGGUAUUAAUAUUUACCCAUAGUGUUAAUACUUAGUAGUACUUCCCUGUGUUAUUUUUAGCCCAUAGUAUUAUAAUAUAUUCUAGGAUACCUACAGUAUGAGAUAUUGAGUUUUGGGGUCCACUCUCAAGUGAAUUUGUAGGCUUUUGACAAAAAGCCUACAAAUAGUGUAUAUAGUUAAACCCUAAAAGCUUAACGAGAAAAUGAACAUCCUUCAUCUAAACAUUUAAUUAUUCUGAUGAGGUUUGUACCAUAAUUCUUUAAUUUAAAACAUUCAGAAAACUAAAUAAUAAAAUAAUGAGGUCACAAUAAAACACUGUUGCUGCAACGUUUGAUCUUGAAUCACGCAGAGAACCUGACAUGUAGAGGGCAGAAAGGAGCACCAACACAGAGUGAAAAGUGUCGGUGCUCAAGUAAAAAGUCACUUUACGCCAAAGAGUAAAAUCUACAAGUAAAACCACACAUUUCAGUUAUUUCUUUCUAUUGACAAUGACGCACACAUGUACCUGAAUGACCACUCUGAGUACGUUCUACGUUCAAACAGUAGGAAAAGACGUGGAUGAAGUAAGUGGAAAAAACUCGCUCAUCUUCAGUUUUGGUCCGGAAAACUCAUCUAAUAUUAUCUGAGGAGAAAAGAAGAGAAGCACGAUAUAAGAAUUUACUACAAUCUCUACAAAAACAAAUGUUCGACAUACUUUAUUAUGACUUUUUAAAAACACCUUUUUGAGAUACUGUCCAUUGAGUUUUUGGGGCAUACUAUACUAUAGCCUAGUUGUUUUUUAAUGCAUCUUUUUAUAAAAAAUCAGAUCAAAAUGUAUUUGUACAGCACAUUUUAACACGCAUAUGAAGACUUUUUUAAGACUUUGUUGGACAUACUUUACUAGGACUUCUUUGGUACAUUUUAUGACAUAUAAUACGAGGACUUUUUGACAUACUAGGACUUUUUUUCUACAAACUAGACUGAAAUUUUUGUACUAUUUUUGGACAUACUAAACAGUUACUUUUUUGGACAUACCAUACUAUGACACUAUUGACAUUCUACACUGUGGCCUUUAUAAGACUUUUUUCAGACACACUGUACAAAGACUUAAAAAACUUUUUUCAACAUAUGCUAUGAUUUUCGUUAAAUUAUAUCGUUUUAAAUACUUUUUUGUUUACAUACUAUAGACUUUUUAAAGAAACAUAUAUUACCUCUAUAUUUUUCAGGAUGUCUUUUGACAUAUACUGUCUUUUUUCGCCAAAACUAUGAACGUCUGGCAUACUAUACUAUGGCUUUUCUUAGACAUUCAAUGUCAUACUAUACUAAGACUUUUUACAACAUACAAUACUAUGACUUUUUUGAUAUACUAUUAUGACUCUUUUUAGGACAUAUACUAUGGCUUUUCUAUGACUUAAUGGCCCUCUUAUAUAAAUAACAAAAAGGACUAGAAAGAACAUUCCCACUCAAAUGAAGAAAAGCUAUCCUUUUCUAGAUUAAGGUAUUUUAUUCUCUGGUGUUAGAAUUUAUUAUAGGCUAAACUCUACCCUGUGUGGUUAUUCCAGAUGUGCCGCCAAGAUGUCAUUUUCCCGCGCUGUAUUAGUGCUUUUGCUCCUGAUCUCCCCCAAAAAAAUCUAAAAUAUCAUUUUUGUUUAAUGGACUUUUUGCUAGUUUAUCCUCAUUUCGCUUUUAUUUUAUUUUUUACAAUGAGCCGGUAUAUCCAACAGACAUGAGCAUCUAUAGUUGCUGUAAAUUCAAUUAGGACAGUUUCUAGUCUACAGCUGUUUUCAUCUGGAUCAAACAGUCACGACGUGCAAAUACACAUAAUACAAUCUUUACUGGAUAAAGUUAUGUCUUUGUGAAACUUUAGUAUUUCUUAUAACCAAAUAAUCACAACUGUGGCCAAAUAAAAAUCUGCACUUUAGUAUUCUGGCAGGACAUUUACAUGAUUGUUUCCAAUAAUAUGAGUUGGGUAUGUCUUAUAUCUUUGUUUAUAUUUGGAAACUAGACUGUAAUUAUGAUUUCUGGAUGUUAGAGAAAUUAUCUCAUUUACAUUAUGACACUGCAAUAUUUUACCUGCUAUGUGCCC